UUAUUUUCUUCAACUCAUUUUUCAUCUAUUUAUCUAUUCAUAUUCUAGUGAAAUAUAGCGUUUGUAUGUGUAUACAUACAUACACGUAUGUGUAUAAAUUUUUGCUGUUGCUACCAUCAUCAAUAAGCCUCUAUAGUAAAUUUAAACUUUUAAGUAUUAGUUUUCCUCAAGCUUGGCCCAUUCGCAAUUGAGAGUGAGUAAAAUUUUACUAUUUGGACAUCGCUGUAAACAUCUACGAAUCUACGAAUGUACGAGUAUGCACACUAACUUAUCUUUGUAUACAAGUGCGCAUUUUUGCUAUGUGGAAGCAGUAUUGUAAUCCAACAUCAGAUUUUGCCACGGUUUGCCAGUCGUUUGUGCGAUCGCUUAGUUUCAGUUACGAAUUGUCUCUGAUACGCGAAGUUUGGCACGGUGCGCAAUCGCAACCGUUGUAGUUUUUUUGUUGGUGUGAAGGAAGUGAAGGAAUUGCUAAAUCAUCUGGUUUUAUGUUUGUACACGGUUUGAAUACUUUAUGCCGUCGUCCACUAUUCUAAAGCCAGUGUGAGCACCACAUAAACGUCAACAUCUCCAACUGUAUGUAUAUACCAUAUUCGAACGUCAUAUCCUCGCUAUAGCUUGGUAGCUUAUAAUCUACUCUUUUAUACAUACAUACAUACAUAUGUAUAUACAACUCAUACAGGUGUAUAGAAGAAUAUUUCCAACGAGUGCAUCUGUACAUGUUAUAAGUAGAUAAUUUCAUAAUAUAAUAUAUAUAAUAAACUAAAAGAGCCACACACAAAACUGUCGAUAUGGCUGCUGUCGAAGUACGUAAUGGAUACAAAUAUUAUGGCAGCAAAUCCAAUCCCAAGAUUAUACUCAACUAUUUGAAUAUGAAUGUAAUGCGCGGUUCAAUAUAUGGUCUCCUUGGUGCUUCCGGCUGUGGUAAGACAACAUUACUAUCAUGUUUAGUUGGACAGCGUCAGCUAAACAGUGGCGAAGUCACAGUUUUGGGUAUGAAACCUGGUGAGCCAGGCAGUGGUAUUCCUGGUGCUCGUAUUGGCUACAUGCCGCAAGAAAUUGCCCUCGUCGAUGAGAUGACAGUCAAAGAAACAAUAUUUUACUUCGGGCGUAUCUAUGGCUUAAAAGAGGACCAAAUACGCGAGAAAUUCAAAUUAUUACGUUCACUAUUGCAACUACCACCGCCAAGACAGCUUGUGAAGAACUGUAGCGGAGGGCAACAGCGUAGAGUCUCGUUCGCAUGCGCAAUGAUACACGAACCGGAGUUACUGAUACUAGACGAACCGACAGUAGGCUUAGAUCCUAUGCUGCGCGAGAAGAUAUGGGACUUCCUUGUAGAGAGUACUAGAAAUAGCAAAAUGGCUGUGAUCAUUACCACACACUAUAUUGAAGAAGCGAAAAAAGCUAAUUGCAUCGGCUUAAUGCGAAAUGGUGUACUAUUGGCUGAAGAUACUCCAGUAAAUAUAAUGAUAAAAUUUGAAUGCAAUUCUAUUGAGGAUGCAUUCCUGAUACUGAGUCAAAAACAAGGAGACUCGGAUAUUAUACAACCGAAUGCUGUUAAUAGCGCUCAAACGCCAGCAAUUAUGCAUUCUGUAGAAGUAAUUGAGUCAAGCUCACCAGAACCCAACGAUACGUGCAAGAAACCACCCUUGGUCGAUGAAAAUGAAAAUAAAACACAACCAACCGUUUCGACCGUUCAUGGCCAUGAGGAGGAAACGGAAAAUAAAAAACGUAUAUUCUUUACAACCCGUGGUCGUAUCAAAGCCUUAAUGACAAAGAAUUUCGUACAACUAUUCCGGCAGCCAUCUGGAAUAAUUUUUAUGCUGCUAUUCCCGAUUAUACAACUCACAUGUUUUUAUUUAGCUAUAGGCAAAACUCCAACAAAUCUUAAAAUUGGUAUUGUGACUCAGGAAGUUAAUGAUUACACAAUAUGUUUUGAUCGGAAUUUAAGAACAGUUUACAACUACAAUGAUACUUGCGAAUUUGAUAAAAUAUCAUGUCGCUAUAUAAACGAAUUGGGUGACGAUAUCGCUGAGAGAGUAUAUUAUAAAACAGAGGAUGAAGCGUACAGUGCAGCUAAGCGUACAGAAGUCCUGGGCUAUAUUAUGUUUCCAAGUAAUUUUUCUGAAUCGAUAAAAACGCGUAUGGAAGAUGGACGCUAUGCGGAUGACGGCACAGUAGAAAAUUCCGAAAUGAGUGUACACAUUGAUAUGACCGACCAACAAAUCGGCUACUUUAUUGAGCGCAAGUUACGUGACAGUUUUGGAUCUUUUGUGAAGGGCGUAUUGACUGAUUGCAAUCUACCGACGGGCUUGGGAAAUAUUCCAAUACAAUUUCAAGAGCCUGUUUAUGGUUCAUUUGAUAUUGAAUUUCAGCAAUAUGUAGCACCAGGUGUUGUAAUGACUAUGGUGUUCUUUUUGGCCACCCUAAUGACGGCAGCCGUAUUUAUCUCGGAACGUAUGGAUGGUGUUUGGGACCGCACCUUAGUGGCCGGGGUAUCAGCCAUGGAAAUGUUGUGGGCACAUCUACUUACACAACUAAUAAUAAUGGCAUUCCAAUCCUUUGAGGUGAUAAUGUAUAUUGGUUUGGUAUUCGAUACUUACAACAAAGGUGAUACGGCCACACUUAUUGGCUUACUGACAAUGACAGCCUUUUGUGGCAUGCUUUUUGGUUUGCUCAUAUCAGUGUAUUGCAAAUCGCAUACGGAAGCAAACUUUGUAGCAACAGGCGCCUUUUAUCCAAUGAUAAUUCUUUGUGGACUACUAUGGCCACUGGAAGGAAUGCCGAAAUCUCUACAAGAUAUUGUCUUAUUCUUUCCAUUUACUAUACCAUCAAUAUCAGCGAGAAAUAUCAUAGAAAAGGGCUGGUCAAUAACAAAUGGACAAGUAUAUAAUGGAUUCAUAGUGAUGUCAGCUUGGAUUGUUAUAUUCUUUACGCUCUGUAUGGUGGGUCUUAAACGGAAGGCUUGAAAGUAGAUAAGGGGUUUGGCGCCAAAGAAGAAUGUUGUAGUAUUAAAAUUUAUAAACUUAUGUGCAUAUAUAGUAAUAAUAUAAUAUAAAAUGCAUAUUACAUAUAUAUGUAUGUGUAUAAUUACAUUUAAACAAAAUAUUUCGAAAACUACGCAAAAUGAUUCUACUUUAGAUUCAAUUCAAACUUUUUUGCACGGCAUAUGCUUGCAAUUAUUGAAUUACCUGCAAAUACAAACGUAAAUAGGACAUUUUAAUUGUGAUCAUUCAUACACUCAUUUAUAUCAUGAACAUUUUUUUUCUUUUUAAGAGAAAUCAUUUUUUUGUACUGUUUUAUAUUAAAUACAAGAGUAUAUUUAAAAUGGUAGGGAUUAAUGUAUUAUAUAAGGACAUACAUAUGUGUAUGUGUAAUCUAUUUAAUAGAAAAAAUACAUAUAAAAAAUAUAUUAUAUUUUAUGUACAUAUUUAUAUCUUAAUGAGCAAACAAGUGUACAUAUUGGGCAUAACUGAGAGAAUAUGAAAUAAAUGUUAAAUUACACAUAAAUAUAA